GAUUGGCUACUCAGAACGCCGCUGGAUACUUCCUGGAAUGUCUGCAACCCAACGUUCCAUCAGAGAUAACGUAGUGGAAGCCAGACGCCGCUCAAUAUGACGACUGAAACCUUUGUAAAGGACAUUAAACCCGGCUUGAAAAACCUGAACCUUAUUUUUAUUGUACUGGAAACAGGUCGGGUGACCAAGACAAAGGACGGCCACGAGGUGCGGACGUGCAAAGUGGCCGACAAAACCGGCAGCAUCAACAUCUCGGUGUGGGACGACGUAGGGAACCUCAUUCAGCCGGGAGACAUCAUCCGAUUGACCAAAGGCUACGCGUCCAUUUUCAAAGGCUGCCUGACCCUCUACACGGGCCGCGGAGGAGACCUGCAGAAAAUCGGAGAGUUCUGCAUGAUUUACUCCGAGGUCCCGAACUUUAGCGAACCCAACCCGGAGUACGUGACCCAGCAGUCCCAGACCAAAGCCGCCCAGAACGACAACGCGACCCCUGCUGCUUCCCAGACCACCCCGGGCCCCGCCGCUUCGUCCCCAGCUGCCGAGAGCCAGAACGGCAACGGGCUGAGCGCCCCAGGCCCUGGCGCCCCCCUCCACCCGCCAAACGUCCCGUCCCACCCCACCAGCGGCCGGAUCACCAGGAGCCAGCCGAAUCACCAGGGCGCGGGCUCGGCUGGGUCCAGCUCGUCCUCCAGCCCCAUCAGCAACGGCAAAGAGACCCGGCGAAGCAGCAAGAGAUAACACCGUGGGGUUGGGCCCCCCCCCCAGCUCUGUGCCGGCUCGCCCCAGGCCCCACUGCCCAGGCAGGAGGGCGGAUGAGGAGCGGGGGAGAGACCGUGGCCGGCUGACGCUCCAGGCUAGAUCAGAGACAGUGAAACCAAGAGCGUUUUCGUCGCCGCAGUCGCGACCGUUUUAACCGGGACUGUGGCGUUCUCCUGAGCAGAGACAGGGAGGGGGCGCCCCCCCCCCCAUUGGAAACCAGCCCUUUAUCUUCACGGAGCCACAGCCAACAGCCCUGCCCCUGCCGACAUCCCCACGUGCCCCUCUGGGGGCAGUGCCAGCCCCCCACCUCCCCACAUCUCACUGGAUUUUGUUCCUUUGGCGGCUUUUUUACAAAUAUCCUGAAACUUUUUAGCAAACUUUAAAAAGCCGAUUUCACCAGGUGGGGUCAGUGGCCAGGGGGCAUAGGACGGGAGGGGGCAGCAAUGGGCCCCCCCCCCCCCCUUGCCCCUGGGAGGGGCCCGUUUGGGUCGUGGUGUCUCAGCGGAGGGUACCUAAGACUGAGCUUGGAGCCAACUCUCCUCCGUCCCCGGGGCCAGCCCCAGCUCAGGGAACCUCGGGGCACACACAGCGGAAGGGGGGGGCGCUGGCUCCAGCCCAGGUCGGCCGUGAUCCCCGCCUGGGCCCCCUGCAUGGAACGAGUCUCAGCCGGGUUCCUAGGAGACAAAUGUCUCCAUCACCACGAGCGCCCCCCGCAGCUGGCAGCCCGGAGCUGGUGGGGGCAGCUCCCGGGACGGGCUGCCCCGGGGCAGGGACUAGACGGAGGAUUUGGGCUCCCCCGAAUCGCUGCGCAGGGAAGGGCUGUCACGUCUGCCCACCCGGGGAGGGAUCAGGCCUGGGGCUGACCUCGGAGCCGUUCUCCCUCCCCCCAAGCCCGAUGCUCCCAGGCCCCCCACCCCCUUUUAUUCUGUUUUAACCCCCCAACUCCCUUUUCUUGUCUCACCCGAGCGGAGUCGCUGGCCUGCCCGGGCCUGCGCUGGAAUAAAGACCGUGCCGCCCUCCC